UUAGGGAGGAACGCCAGCAACGUAAAACGAUUUCCCGAAACAAUUAUGUUAACCACUAAACACACAAACAGCGAAAGUUUAACGUGGACAGUUGGAUGAUAACCCAAUGAAAAUAUGGAGCACAUUAUAACGCCAAAGGUGGAGUAUGUGAAACUACUGAACAGGUACACUGAAAAGUCAUCAGCUCUGGGCACUCUUUACUUGACUGCCACUCACCUUAUCUACGUGGAACAAACCAACAGUACACGCAAAGAAACAUGGGUGCUGCAUCAUCACAUUGCGUCAGUAGAGAAACUUCCUUUAACCGCGUCUGGUUGUCCGCUCCUGAUCCGCUGUAAAACCUUCCAGAUGCUUCAUCUGCUGUUCCAAAGAGAGAAAGAUUGUCAGGAUGUCUAUCAGUCAGUUUUGCGCCUUUCUCAACCAGUCAAAGAAGAUGAGCUUUAUGCCUUUCUCUAUAAUCCACAUCAAAAUGAGGAGGACAGGAGACGACGGGGUUGGGAAUUCAUCAGUUUGGCGAACGACUUCAGCAGGAUGGGUCUCUCCAAUGAAUAUUGGGAAAUCAGCCACCUCAACAAGAACUAUAAGAUCUGUAGCACUUAUCCAUCUAUCCUUGGACUCCCUAAAAGUGCCAGUGUUGCUACGGUAACUGGCAGUGCCAAGUUUAGGAGCCGAGGGCGAUUGCCUGCUCUGUCUUACUAUCACAAAGAUACAAAGGCUGCGAUCUGUCGCUGCAGUCAGCCUUUGUCAGGUUUGAACUCUCGCUGUGUAGAAGACGAGCAGAUGCUUCAGGUCAUCAGUCAAGCAAACCCCAACUGCCCUUUUAUAUAUGUAGUGGACACACGGCCUAAGUUGAAUGCAAUGGCGAACCGCGCAGCUGGUAAAGGCUAUGAGAAUGAGGACAACUACUCCAAUAUCAGGUUCCACUUCCAAGGAAUUGAAAACAUCCACGUCAUGAGAAACAGCCUGCAAAAACUGCUGGAGGUGUGCUCUAUGAAAUCCCCUUCCAUGAGUGACUAUCUGAUAGGUUUGGAGAAUUCCGGCUGGCUGAGGCACAUCAAAUCUGUGAUGGAUGCAGGCGUGUUCCUCGCCAGGGCUGUCUGUGAAGAGAGGGCGAGUGUGUUGGUACAUUGUUCUGAUGGAUGGGACAGAACGGCUCAGGUGUGCUCUUUGGCUUGCAUACUGCUGGACCCUUACUACAGAACCAUUAAAGGCCUCAUGGUUUUAAUCGAAAAGGAGUGGAUCUCUUUUGGUCAUAAAUUCAGUCACAGGUGUGGCCAUCUGGACACCGACCCCAAGGAAGUGUCUCCGGUGUUCACCCAGUUCCUGGAGUGCGUGUGGCAGCUGUCAGAACAAUUUCCCUGUGUGUUUGAGUUUAAUGAACGCUACCUCAUAGAAAUACACAAUCAAGUCUACGCCUGCCAGUACGGCAACUUCAUCGGCAACUGCCAGAAAGAGCGACUGGAAAUGAGGUUGCAUGAAAAAACGUUUUCAUUGUGGACACAUCUUCUGGAGAACCAGCAUCAGUAUCGAAACCCCUUGUACCGACGUACAGUAGAGAGCACACUUCUCAGACCAAGCACUUUACCCCUGCACUUCAAGUUCUGGUGUGGGAUGUAUAACCACUAUGACAGAGGCAUGCACCCAAAACAGUCUGUUCUAGACCAGCUGCUGUCCCUCACACAGAAGCAGCUAGAAGGAGAAAGAACCAUGACUGAAUUACAGCGACAGCUGGCUGUUGCAGAUGGGGUUCUCCCUGAUCCAUCUGGACCAAUCAACGCACCUGCAGAACAGGACAGUCCAAAUGAGAACACUCCCAAUGCUCCUGUUGCCCAAUCAAACGGAAGCGGUGCUCCUUUGAGUAAUGGCGACGGAGAGGAGGCGGGUCCAGGAGCUGAGAAGUGUAAUGAGAAAGAAGGGGCAGAGCCUGUGGCCACCGAACACGAUCUGACCUCCUCUAAGGACAAACCUGUUUCUGUGGAAACAGAACAUUCCAAAGAGGAGGUACAAGAAUCCCAUUGAGUCUCCAUAGUAACAGAUUGGACAUUUUUUGACUGAAACCCCAAGGAACAAAUGUCCAGAGUAUUGAAAAGAUUCAUGCAGUACUCUUUUCACAAUUGAGGCCGCCAUAAUAGAAAAAAAGUCCACACACCAGUUUGUGAUUGUGUAUCAUUGUACAUGAGAUUCUUCUAUCACUGUGUGUAUUCUUUUACCCUAUUAUAUCUGUUCUGGACAUUCCUGAAAUGUUCUAUACAUUUUUGUGGACUUGAGUGUGUUUGUUGGCCUUCAGACCAUGAGGAUUGAAGCUACAUGCUUUGAUCAUAGCCAAUCAGAAUCAUUUAUGUUUUGUUUAAAUGCCAUUCUGAUCAAAUUUGACCUUGUUUCAUUGGAGUUAUUUUGAACGGUAGUUUUUUAAUGUCUUUCUUUUAAUAUAUGUAAUGUGUAGUACAUUUGAAAACCAGACCCUGAUACUGAUUUAUUCAGACACAUUAGCAGCUGUUGUGAGAUUCAGGUAGAUAAAGGGAACACACUAUUAGAAAACGGGUCAAAUUGAUUAACUUUUUUUUUUUUUUUUGCUCAAAGGCGUAGUAUUAUUUUUUGAUUUCUAUAUUGCAAACACUAUUUAUUUUGCAUGCAAAGAAACACAGCUGAAAAAAUGCUGCUGAUUGAAUGCAAUAGGAUGCCGGAUUGUUAAAGCCUAGCUCUAAUGCCAAACAAAUAAUUUGAUGCACAUAAAACAGUUGAUGGUGGGCCUUCUAGAAUAUUACUUGUGUCCUUUUGUCCAAGCCUUUUGAAUACAUUGCAUAUAUAGUUUUGCAAAGCAAUAUUGUUUUUUAUUUUUUCUACUGGAUGUGUAAAAUGAUUGUAUUGCUUGUGUAUGUGGAAAUUAUUUGACAGCUUUAGUUCUAGAAUUCAACUUCUUGAACCCUGCUAUGGAGCUCCAGACAGGCUUUUCUUAUUAUGUGAGAUGAAAAAUCAAUGUGUUUAAUUCCUUUAUUGAGAAGCAUUUGUUUACAAUAUUAUUUUUUGAUUAAAUUAGAGAAUUUUUUUUCACUAAAUGUUCAGCAAAAGGGAAUUUUGAAAUAAGCAAUGAGUGAUGUCACUGAAAAUGCCAGCCUGUUGGUUACAUUACAUCUAUUUUUAAAGUUUUGAAUAAUUUUAUACACGCUUGUUUUGAUCAUUGCACUGUUUUGUACUUCUUUUGUACACCAUUCAAUUUAAAUAGAUUUUUUCUUUAAAUAAAUAUACAUUUUUAGUAAAAA